UGGCCUGCAACCCCGCACGCGGAAGCGAGAACAUCUCUCGCGGAUCUGACCACCUGGAGAGGCCCCUGGGGAAGUCUUCUUAUUCAUGAUUCGAUGGCCUAGUAUCUGACCAUCGUGUUGGGGCUGAUCGACGACAGCAAGUGUGGAUUCGCAUCUGCGCCGCGGAGAACUAGGGCUCAAGAGCCGAUGCAGCGUCCCGGUAUUUGAACGUGGCCAUCCCCGUUCGUUGCCUGAAUCGUCCCCAGACCCCAUCUAUCUCGACCUGUACCUUGGAGCAAGAUUGCUUGCAGCUCUUCGCGCAGAAAUCAUGCCUAUCGUUGGCGCCAAAGAACAGCACGUCGACCCGACGUUGUCGCGGAUUGCCCAAGAUGACAAGAAGAUAUGGUAUCAGAAGCCGAACCUGCGCUUCCUCUACCUGAUUCUCGUCCCGACUGGCCUCGGGGUUGAAUGGACUUCCGGAUUCGACUCGUCCAUGAUGAACAGCCUCCAGGCUGUUACAUCAUGGUUUGAAUACUUUGGCCGACCCAACGCGUCAAGACUCGGUCUUCUCAAUGCCAUGUACUCUCUCGGUGCUCUCAUGGCCAUCCCAUUCGUCCCUUUUGUCAGCCAGCGUUUUGGUCGUCGACGAACCAUCCUCUUUGGCUCCUACAUCAUGGUACUAGGAGCCGGACUCCAAGCCGGUGCGCGUAACGUGGACAUGUUCCUGGCUUCACGUUGGAUCUUGGGAUUUGGAAUCCCUUUUGCCAUCAUCAACGCAUCAUCGCUUAUCGGAGAGCUGUCGUAUGCUAAAGAGCGUCCGAUAAUGACCAGUCUUUUCAACGCCAGUUGGUUUGUCGGAGCGAUUCUCGCCGCUGGCAUCACCUACGGAACUUUCCAAAUGUCCAGUACGUGGGCCUGGAGAAUCCCGAGCCUCCUUCAACUCGUGCCCAGCGGUUGCCAGAUCGCAUUUAUGCCCUUCUGCCCCGAGUCUCCCCGAUGGCUCAUCUCCAAGGACCGGGGCGACGAGGCGUACGCCAUCCUGCACAAGUACCACAGCGAGGGAGAGAACGGUGAGGAGUUUGUCCGGCUCGAGUACGCGCAGAUCAUGUCGACCAUCCAGCAGGAGAAGGAGGUCGCCAGCAAGUUCGCCUGGGCUGACGUCUUCCGCGACGCCGCCAUGCGUCGCCGAUUCAUGCUGGCCGCCAUCAUGGGUUUCUUCACACAGUGGAGUGGCAACGGCCUUCUGUCGUUCUACAUGAAGAAGAUUCUUAACCUUGUAGGCAUUACGGACAAUCGCACUGUCCAGAAGGUCAUUUUGAGCAACACCUGCUGGGGGUUCAUCAAUGCUGUACCCAUCGCUUUGAUUGCGCCUCGCUUCCCGAGGAGAAAGAUGUUCCUGCUCUGCACCAUCGGCACGGCUGCCGUGUACACUGUGUGGACCAUUGCAUCCGCCAGAUUCGCCAUCGAGAACUCUCAACGAGCUGCCAUUCCCGUGCUCGUCUUCAUUUUCGUCUACUCUCCGUUCUACAACAUUGGCUGGAAUGCCCUGGCGUACACAUAUCUUGUGGAACUAUUUCCCUUCAGCCAAAGAGCCAAGGGAAUUGCUGUCGAGCAACUGACCGUCCGAUUCGCCGUCUUUUUCAACACCUAUGUCAACCCCAUUGCCCUCGACUCCAUCGGCUGGAAGUACUACAUCGUGUAUUGCGUCUGGAUCCUGGUCGAGAUUGCCACGGUGUACAUGAUCUUCCCCGAAACACAAGGCCGUACGCUCGAAGAGCUCAGCUUCAUGUUCGAGGGCAAGGAGGUCCAAGACAAGGUCCAGAAGAACACCCAAAAGGUGCUUCAAGUCGAGCUAGAAGACAUUGGUCGACAAGAGUCGCGCCCCGGAUCACGGGAUGCAGGCCCAGACUCAAAGGUGUGAUUGGAUUUAUAGUAGUGAGCACCGGUGGGUAAGUUCUUUCGCUUGAGGCAGUCGGCACAGCGUAGCAUUGGAGGGCGGACAGUCAGCUGGGCCCCGAACGGUCGAUUAGUUUUCAGUUGCACAUUAUCGACAAGCUGGCUAUUAACCAGCUGUGGAUGACUUCACGGGGAAGUGGAUCGAAUUGAAACAGAAUGCUCCAGCCAAUGUUAUCUGCGUGACGUCAAAAUAUC